UUUAACGUAAAAAGUUAUAAUAGCCAGUUGGGUGAUUCCACCUGUCAAUGCAUAUAUUUUUAUUUAUCAUUAUUUUUCUUGCUCUAGAAGCCACCAUCUGCCACCGCUCCUCCUAUUACAGCUGUCGUGAUCCUCUCCGUCACUUUUAUCCUUCCGUUCUAGUUUCCUCCCAUAUUUUUCUCCUCCUCCGCCACAGUCAGCCACAACCACAUCUAAACACCGUGAAACUACCAUAUCCGUACAUCUUCAUCAAUAUCAAAACACAAUGUCUUCUUCAAGGGUAAACCUUCAAAAUUAUCUAAUUCCAUUGGAGGAGAUCAACCGUGCCACCGAAAACUUCAGUCAGGAAAGAUGUAUCGGAGGUGGCGGAUUUGGUGCAGUCUAUAAAGGACAAUUGUCUGAACGCUGGAAAAAGCAUACAGUUGCUAUCAAACGCUUGGGUAAGGAUAGCCACCAAGGAGAGCACGAGUUCCGCAACGAGCUUGAGAUGAUUUCCAGCUUCCACCACGAAAACAUCAUCUCUUUUAUUGGGUAUUGUCAUGAAGGGGGAGAGAUGAUUAUAGUUUAUGACUAUGCGAUAAAUGGAAGCCUUGAUCAUCAUCUACAAAACCGAUCUAAGAUGGGUUGCAUAACAUGGAUACAACGUCUGAUGAUUUGCAUUGGGGCUGCAAGAGGACUGAAUUACCUUCACUCGGGUCUUGGGGAGCACAACAGAGUAAUACACAGAGACGUGAAGAGUUCUAACAUAUUGUUAGACGACAAUUUGGUUGCAAAAGUUUGUGAUUUUGGAUUGUCAAAAUUGGGUCCCAGAAAUCAGCUGGAUACCCAACUCCAUACAAGGGUUGCGGGUACACAGUUUUACUUGGAUCCUACUUACCAUGAAAGUCGUAUCCUCAGAAAAGAAUCUGAUGUAUAUUCGUUUGGCGUGGUACUUUUUGAAAUCCUGAGUGGAACGUUGGUUUAUCAUGAAAUAAGCACCCAAAAUGAUGUGCAGAAAUUUCUCAUGACUUGGGUCCGACGAUACCAUAAGAAUGAGCCACACAAGUUAAUUGAUCCGCAGAUAAGUGAUCAAAUUGAUCGUACUUCUUUUCAUAUAUUCCAAGAAAUUGCAUAUCAAUGCAUUAGUUUCAACUUAAGCGAACGCCCUACAAUGGAUAAGGUCAUUGAGAGGAUUGAGGAAGCAUUAAGUGUUCAAAUACAAAGUGUUCGAGCUAACGCAAGUCCUGACAACAUGGGGAUUGUCGCUGGUGAUAUCCACAACAUUGCAAAAAUAAUGGAGGAUAAUCGCAUUGCCAUCCGUAUUUACACCAACCAACUUACCAUACCGAAUUCCGGGACACAGGAACAGUCAAUUACUGCUAUUCUUAACCUCUUGGUAUCUGAAGAAAACAAAGGCAACAUAGUCUCCUUUGGGGCUGUACCAGGGAUUGUCCUUGUGCUGAAAGUAGGUAGCAUGGAAGCACGUGAGAAUGCAGCGGCUACACUUCUCAACCUCAGUGUAAUCGACCAAAACAAGGAAAUUAUAGGUGCUGAAGGAGCAAUCGCACCUCUCCUAUUACUUUUAAGUAAAGGAUCUCAGAAAGGGAAGAAGGUCGCAAUUACAGCUUUGUUUAGUUUAUGUUUAGAUCAGGGUAACAAAGGAAGGGUGGUGAGGGCGGGAGUAGCCCCCAUUUUGAUGGAGCUUCUUAACGAACCAGAGGGUGUUUUAAUGGAGGAAACAUUAUCCCUUCUAGCCACACUCUUAAGCCACCCGGAAUGGAAGCUGGCUAUAGGUAAGGAAGAGGUUGUGCCUGUUCUGGUUGAGAUUAUUUCGAGUGGAUCCCCAAAAACAAGAGAGAAUGCAGCUGCAAUUUUGGUGAAACUUUGUUCCAGAGAACAAAAGUAUUUGGUCGAGGCUAUGGAACAUGGACUCAAGGAGAACCUGAUGGAUUUGCUAAAACAUGGUACGGAUAGAGGAAAGAGAAAAGCCAGAAAGUUGCUAAGACAAGAUAAAGGACCACAAACCAAGACACGAAGGAUGUAGGUAUUGAGAGGAAGGCUUCCAUUGGGGUGUUGAAUAUUGUGAAGCAGAAGAAUGACUUAUAUGUUGAAUUAAAUAAGAACUGCCUUAGAGCAUACAGUAUGGGCAACAAAAACGGUUAUUUUUGCUGAUUUGACACCUCAUAACCUAGUCAUAACAAGAUGAACACCACCCCUCCUUCUUGUUAAGAGGAUGUUAUGACAUAUCUUGUUGUGACGAGCACAAGAUGCAUCGAGAAGUUUAAUUGGUUGUUGUCUUUAUCAACCAAUCAAAUCAUUUUAUUUCUUUUUCUCUCUACUUUUUAACAUGUACUACUAGAAAACAUGGAGUUUUCUUACGGAAAAUAGGUACGGAAAUUUUCCGUAGCAAAUUAGCUACAGAAUCGCUACAGAAUAGGAUGCCCUAGUUUAGUAACAGAAUAACUACAGAAUAGCUACAAAGUAGUUACAGAUGGUAGUCUGUAGUCAUUUCGUAGCUAAUUAGCAACGAAAUAUCUAUAGUUGGUAAUCCGUAGCUAUUCUAUAGCUAAUUAGCUACGAAAUAUCUACAGAUUUUAAUUACCUACGGGUUAGCUACGGAGCAUGCUUUCCAAUAGCAUUCUGUAGCAAAUCCGUAGCUAAUUAGCUACGGAUUAGCUACGGACUUUUCUUAUUUUCGAUUUUUCGGGUACCAAACGUCGUUUUUUUCGCUUUGUUUUGUUUGAAACCUCUACUAUACAUGAUUAUCUAUAUUUUCACCAACUUAUAGAUAUUAAUAUCGUUCAUAAAGUCGUGUGCCCCUUCGGGAUCAAGUACUCGUUUCACAGUUUAACAUUGUAAUGCCUAUACUUUUCACCGAUUUGUGAUGGAUUAUGUGUGUAUAUGUAUACUUAUAUACAUGAAUGAGUUUUGGUAUAUGUGUACGUGU